ACUUCAUAUUUGUUAACGAUAUUUUUCAAUCUUGAGUAAAAAGAAAUAAAAAAGAAAUUAUAUUCGCUGAAAGCAGUGAUGCAGAGCGACAGCACCAGUAUUUAAUAUUAACCAUACACAUGAAGUGCGCGGGUGCAUUUAUACAACGAAUCUAGGAAAAUGAUAUAAAACGAAAUAAAUUAAGUUAGCAACAACAAUCUUUCAAAAGAGUAAAGUGAAAUUAACCUUUUAUGGUUUGUGCCGCAAUUUAAGGCGAAAUGUAUGUAGGAGCACACAAGUGUCUCUGUUUGGCCAACGGUUGGCGCAGUUGGUGAGAGCAUCACUGACAGCAAAGGAAAAUAUCAGAAAGCUCGAUGGCAACACGUAUACGAAAACAACACCAACACAAUUGGCUAGCGUUGCUGCUCAUUUGGACUUGUUGUGUGGCACUUGCCGCCGGUCAGGGCCUACGUUUGCCCGAUCAGCAACCCCAACAACAGCAACAGCAGCCACAGCAAACAAAUAUUCAACAGAUUUAUGCACCACAGCCUCAGCAGCAGCAGCAGCAGCAGCAGCAGCAAUUCCAUCAACAACCACAGCCCCAAUUGCAACAACAACAACAACAACAACCGCAAUUGCAACAACAAACUCCAGCUGUGAGUUAUGGUCAAGAGCGUGGUCUGGGCUCCGCUUUCCUGAGUUUAAUCGGUCUGCAGCAGGACAACGACCCCUUCUUGGCGCGUACCAAUCAAAAUUGUGUGAGCGGUGAUUUGUCCGAGUGUUUUAAGACACAAGCGUUGAGCAGUUUCGAUGAGAUUUUCUAUCGUGAUUCAUAUGCUUUAUCAGAUUUUGCACGUGUCAUUCGUUUGCCCGAAACGCAGCAACGAUCCCUACUACAAGAACCAUUCGAGUACUCACAAGAGCCGCGUAAUGAGGAUAGCGAUUGGGAUCAGUUGGUUAAAUAUGCGCUGAGACGAGCUGAACGCUUCGUCAAAUCCACAGCUUUGGAAGUUGAUGUACCGGAAGAGCUCACCGAAGCGGGCCGCUAUGAGGCACGUUUUAUCGGCAAUGAUAUCGAUAGUGAAUUGGAUGUGAUUGAGGACAAGCAUGCGCCCGUCUUCAGUAAGUCGCGCUCCAAAUCAUCACGCAAGAAGUUGAAGAAGAUGAUCAUUCCCCUGCUGUUGGUUUUGAAGAUCUUCAAGUUGAAAUUGCUGCUCUUCCUGCCCUUCAUUCUCGGCAUUGUUGGUCUCAAGAAAAUACUCGGCUUGGCUGCUAUCAUUUUGCCCGGUCUAUUUGCCUACUUCAAGCUUUGUCGCCCACCAGGUGGUCCCGGCUUUGGCGGUGGCGCCUUCUCUGGUCUUUUCGGCAGCAAAAACACCAUACCCGAGUAUUCACCACAAGGUGUGGGCUCCGCCACCUACUAUCACCACCACGAACACUACGAUGGUGGUGCUGGUCAUGGACAAUUCUAUCGUCAAGAUCCCGCCUUCUCAAAACCAUACACAGAUUAUUAUAGUAAAAAUUAUCAAAAUGUUGCCAACGGUGGCAACUCUGUAAGCUUUGGUGAUGCACAUGAAGCUGCCUACUCGGGAUAUUAUGGUCGCAACACUGGCAAGGAUAUACAAAGUGAGCAGAAGAGCUAAAUUUGACUUUGCGUACGCAUUCGCAGUCUGCCAUCCUAGCAGCAUGAACCUUAUGAAGUUUGUGCUUUUGCUUGUGUUAUUUUAUUUUAUUCUAUUUUAUUUAUAAGUAUGCGUUGUUUUCAUUGAAUUUGUUGUACGCUUGUGCGUGUUUUCAUCGACAGUUGAUUUGUAAAUAUUUCAGUUGCUCAAUAGACUAGCCGCAGUUUGUUGAACGCUCACACACGAAAGCCUUAGAUAAAUUAUUUAUUUUAUU